GAACGGAGGAACAUUUGAAAUCCAACGAACAGAGUCGAGGAGAAGAAGUGUGAAGCAGCCACAAUAGACGUCUGUUUUCUAUCAUUUUCAGCCUGAAUUAACCUCGUUACAACAUCGGAACGGCUUCGAAUGGGACUUAUAUUUCGUAAGCGUUGUCUUGUUGCGACGUGAAAACGGAAUCUGUAUGUAUUUUUCCACAAACUCUAGCUGGCGUCAACGGACCGACGUAGCUGCUAGCUAACGUUAGCUAACUGCUUCAGAGCUGCUCGGGGUUUGAAUUUGGAGAAGUCCCUCAGUGGUUAUUGUGUAAAAAAGUUAACAUACAAAGGUAAGCGAAAUAUCUUUAAAGGUGUUGUUUGAAGUAUUUAAGUAAACCUCGUCUUUCACAUCCUUGGCUUCAGCGUUAUCCACACGGUUGUUAGCCACAUGACGGAUAUGCUAACGUUUAAUCCCUGUUGACGCUAACGGAGAGUUAACUCGGGAGAGAAUUACUCCGUUUAUUGUUAUCAUAAUAAUUUCCUUUUUUGGUAGGCAGUUGAAUAACCUAUUUACACGUUCCCUUUUCCAGGAUAUGGACUCUGCUGCCAAGCUCAAGCUGACUAAAGACAUCAAACCUCAGAGGCCUGAUAUGAAGGUAUUUGCACCACUUUCUCAGUCAAAACUGUUCAUUAAAAAGGAUAAAAGGGUUUAGCUUUAGUUUUUUAGGUAUGCAAGUGAAACAACAAAACCACAUAAACUAUAAACAAAUGAAAGGAUGAGUUUUUGAGAAAAACUGGUAAAUGAAGGGUGGGUAAACAUUAGGUCUGGGAUGAUAUGCUUUUCUCCCGAUUCGAUUCUUCUACUAUUUGACGCCCGUUCGUAAAUUGCGAUUCUACAAUAUUGACGAUUUUCUCAAUUUUAUACUGCAUUUUUAACACCAGUGAAACAGUUGAAUGAUUAUGAUUGUCUAGUGACUAUUCCAGGAACCAUAUUUCCUCAAAAAAUACACAUCACGUGUAAGUCUGUUUUAAAGAUUUAUUCUUAAAAUCGAUCUUUGGACAUAAAAAUCGAUUUAAAAAUUGUGAAACAAAAAAUUGUGAUGACUAAAAAAUGACUAAAGGACAUUACAAAGCUGCCGAUUGAGAAGUGUAGCUUAAGGCAAUGAGUUGAGGCGUAAAAUUCAUGAAGGGUCAAACACACUGUAACACUGAGUUAGACACCCCCUCGAGAGGUGAAUGUUGCCGACCGAUUGCUUCUCUAUUUUACCGACUUUAGUUACGACAGCAGGAUAGUGAUACACAGCGGUCUGAGGAGCCAUAAACCAACCUCAACCAAAACGCCACUCUAUAGCCACAAAUAAUGCUCAGAACAGCACCGAACUUCAUCAACAGUACAUAUAGGGUCCCAACCAUAGUGCUUGCCACCAAACAUCCUUUUCUCCCUUAUUUCUUUAGCAAAGAGACUAAACACAACUCACCUACCCCCUCCAGCAGCCGCUUGUUUGUAGCAAGACCUCAGGCCAAUCCAUUACAGACUGCUGGGGGGUGACGCAGCUCAAGGAAGAAAUGGAAAUGUAAUCAGACCGAGACCCAAAGGCAGAAAAACUACUGUGUCUGCAGAGCAAAAUGAUUAAUAUGGUGAUUAUGACUUCAAGGAAAUGAUAAAGAAAUGAUCAUAAAUGUUCUUCCUUGAGCUGUGUCACCCCGCAGCAGUCCGUGAUGAACUGGUCUGAGGAUAAAAAGUUAAAAAGAUGUUUGGUGGUUAGUGCUAUGGCGGGGACCCUAUAUGUACUGUUGAUGAAGUUAGGUGCUGUUCUGAGCAUUAUUUGUGGCUAUAGAGUGGUGUUUUGGUUGAGCGCCUGGCUCUCUGUAUUGCUAUCAUGCGAUCGUUACUAAAGUUGGUUUAACUAGAGAAGCAAUCGGUCGGCAACAUCCAUCUCUCGAGGGGGUGUCUAACUCGGUGUUACUGUGUGUUUGACUCUAAAUUAAUUUAACGUCGGAAUAUCCCUUUUAAGGCAAUGAAUUGAGUCUCUGGUAAGAAGUAUUGCGGGGUUUCAAAGAGUUUUCAUCCCACAUCACCCAUGUCGACGUGGAUAAACCCCAGAUACCAGAUAAUGACCGUACUAAUUCAGACAUCAGGAACUUCAGACUUCUCAUUUUUAUUACUGACACCAUAUUGAAAAUAUCUCGAAUGUAGGAAAUAAGUACCACGGCACUGUCAUCUCUCAUUUUAGUGAUUUUUCUUUUGCAUGGAUUCGCAUGAACUUUAAGUUAAGGGAUCACACUUCAUGCCAAUAUUGUUAUGCUGUCAAUGCUUUCACACAUUGCAUGUUUUUCUCUUAUCGUUUGGUCCUUUUUAGAUUGAUCAGUAAUUCCUUGAAACCCUGUUCACUUAUAAAAUUAUUUGAUUUCCUAUGAUUGCAGUUGAAUAUUGAUGGGCCAAAGCGAGUUCCCACGUCCCAGCAGACCCAGAUGACUUCUGUGGCAGUCACACCAUCUGCAUCUGCCCAACACCGUGUUUUGGGCGUUUCAAAUGGACCUCAGCGAAUUCAGCGGCCCGUGAGCCACCAGAAACCAGUUUCGCAUGUCCCUGUUACUUCUAAGUCCAGGAAUCCUACCAAUCAGAAUGUGAAUCCAGCUACCCACAGUGGAACAUCGCAGCCCAAACGGGGUCCCCAGCAAAAUCAGCCAAAGACAAAUGAGCCCAAGGUGAAUUCAGAGCCGGCAAAACCACCGUCGGAACCAGAGAAGCAGGACAAACCACAGAGUGAGCAUCAUUCAAAAUAGGAUGGGCUAAUCAACAGUGUAUGUAUGUUUUUAUUUUCUGUGGCUUCAAUGAAUCCUGUUAUCUUUUAUUAGAUAAACCUGCCAAGGAUGAUUCUGCAAAGGACUCUGCAAAAGACUCUGCAUCAAGGUACGUAGGACAACAGAAAAACAUUUGUUACAUAUUAAAUUAUUUAUUUUGCUUUAUUUAUUUUUAUAGAUAUUGUCUGUAACCACAUGAUUUUACUCAUGCAGCAAGCGAUGGAGUUUGGACAAUUUUGACAUUGGCCGUCCCUUAGGAAAGGGUAAAUUUGGCAACGUGUACCUGGCCAGGGAGCGACAGAGUAAGUUCAUCUUGGCCCUGAAGGUGCUGUUUAAGAAGCAGCUGGAGAAGGCCGGGGUGGAGCACCAGCUGAGACGAGAAGUCGAGAUCCAGUCUCACCUAAGGUAACAGUCUAUAAAUACACAGUGCCAAAUAAAAGUCCAUAUGGUAAUUCAGCCUACCACAAAGUUUGCUCACAUGGUUGUUAUAAGUGAAAAAUGAGCAACAGUACAAAAUUGAUGUUGCUAAGUUUCAAUAAGACAGAAACAGACACCCAAAAUUCUCAAUUAUUUUGCCUGAAAACUUAGUGUAACAAAUCAAGUUGAACACUGACUCUUUAGAAAGUUACAAAAUUGCACACCUUGAUCUGCCAAUGUAUUGCAGUAAAGGUGGACUUAAAUGCGAGCUUUCUGUGUGUUUAAUAUUUUACACACAGCCUUUGUGGUAAAUGUGUGCACUUGUUGAGCUCCAGGUGGUCAUGCUCAAAUGCCACACACUGCUAGAUUCAGCAUUCAUUGAACCAGUCUUGGCUUGAGUUUCCUUCAGGUUAUUAAGAUAAAACCAGUAGCACCAUACUGAGCCUUUGACCUUUUAUUGCUGGCAUUCAUAUAAAAUUCCAAUCCCUCUGCUUGCAAUGUCGGAGAUUUUAACAAUAUUUAUCCGACAACUUCUCUGCAUCGGCAACCUGCAGGCACCCCAAUAUCCUCCGUCUCUACGGUUACUUCCAUGAUGCCUCUCGUGUGUAUCUCAUCCUUGAGUAUGCACCCAAGGGUGAAUUGUAUGGAGAGCUACAGCGCUGUGGAAAUUUUUCAGAGGAAAGAAGUGCAACAGUAAGUCCUUCAAUCCAUCUACUCUGAAAUGUAUAAUUAUUAUUCUCAAAGGUUACAGUAAUCCAUGUAAGCUGUACUCAAAUGCCAUUCUAAAAUGUGAAGGGUUUGCUUCCUUAAGUUUGGGGAACAUCACAAAUUUAUAAGAAUGCUCUCAACCGAAGUGUGAUGAAAGUUUGGUUGACACUUUUGUCUUCUUCACUAGUACAUCAUGGAGCUGACUGAUGCCCUCAACUAUUGCCACUCAAAGAAGGUGAUCCACAGGGAUAUCAAACCAGAGAACCUGUUACUGGGGGCCAAUGGGGAGCUGAAGAUUGCAGAUUUUGGCUGGUCUGUUCACACACCUUCCUCCAGGUAUGCACAUGUGAUUUGUUUAAAUUGCAUCCCUUUUUUUUAUCAAGAGUUGUGUCUUUUACGGUUUUAAGUGAUUCUGUAAUAUGGUUUUAGGUAGCAUUUGUUGAUAACCUGUCAGUUUUUGGUGUCUGCAUUCAACCCAUGAAUUGCUGUACUGACCUUAUCAAGAGAGGUUUUUAGAAAAGACUCUGUAAAAAUCAAAUCUUUUUCUUUAAAAAUACAUUUAGUUUACAAUACUUAGAGGAAAUGAGUUAAUAAAAAAUGUUUUAUCACUUUUCAAAUGAACCCAUUUAAUACCCUAAGACAAACUGGUCAUAUGUCUAGAUAAAGCACUUAUAUUAUUGGUAUUUAAAAACAAUAAAAAUAAAAAUCUGUAGUCUCAGAUGGAUAAUAAGCCCAUUAAUGGCAUAACUUUGAACUAAGUCAGAUUGUCAAGCAUGUUAAGAUGAUGUUUUUUGUGCCCUUUUUUGACAGUUUUCUGAUAUCUGCUAAGAAAGUUAUAGCUUCAGAACUGACUUCACCUUUUUUUUUUCCAUCCAGGAGAUCCACACUGUGUGGAACUCUUGACUACCUGCCUCCUGAGAUGAUUGAGGGGAAAACUCACGAUGAAAAGGUGGACCUGUGGAGUCUGGGUGUUCUGUGCUAUGAGUUUUUGGUUGGAAAGCCCCCGUUUGAGGCUAAAACUCAUGAGGACACCUAUCGUAGGAUAUCAAGGGUAGGUAGAAGGAAACUAAACACCCCAAAAAUCUCACUUAAAAUAAAUCUAUUUUUUAAAAUUCGUUAAUGCAGACUGAAAAUGCUGUACUCUUAUUUAAACUAAUGUGAAACACUUGAAAUCAUCCCAAUUUUAUGUCUCCACUGUAAACCUUGCACUGAUUUUUUUCACUUUUUUAAAUUCAGGUGGAGUACACCUACCCCGCACAAUCUAAUAUCAGUGCUGGCGCCAAAGACUUGGUUGCCAGGCUCCUGAAGCACAACCCCAUGCAAAGACUGCCAACCCAGGGGGUUCUGUCACACCCUUGGGUGGUUCAGACUUCCACCAAAAAGCCCACAACUAUAAAAAUCGAAGGGCCCAGCCAGUGAACCUUCUUGUUCCCCGCAGUAGAACAUCAUGGGAUUUACUGUAUUUGUAAGUUUGGAGUCGUGCACAACAUCACCUGAACAAAAGUUAAAAUGAGAUCACUGAGCAGCUAAUUUAAAGUAUCUGCUUGUACUACUACGCUGUCUAUGAAAUCUUGGUGGAGAAGUCUUUCUGAGCCACUCGGUUUUCUCUCCCUUCAUAUUCAAUCUUUAUAUCUCUUCGUAAGUUUUUUUCUUCCCAAUGGCAUCUGUUGCCUGUAAAUAUGUCACUGUUUUUGUGUUAUGAUGAAAGUUUUAUUGAACUUAAAAUGUCCCAUUACUUGAAAUAAAAGUAAAUUAUCUUUUAUGGAGUUUGUCGCUUUGGAAACAAGCAGCUGACACCUUUCAGUUAAAAGUAUUUUAAUGUUUUAUUAUGUACAUAUUUCAAGCUCUCAUGCUACUCCUCAGGUUUUGGGUGGUGAAGAAUUUGCACUGUUGCCAAAUGAGUGAGAUAAAGGCUGUUUUAUGAGUGCAUGAUAUUGUGUGUGGCCAGCAGAGGGAGCUAACAUACCACUAGAACUGAACUGGGAGGGUGCUACAAAAUUUAGGUAGGCUAAUUCUGCUGUGAGUGUUUCUAAUUCUGUUCAUUAUCAUGAGUUUGUUGCACGUGUCUUGCAAUAAAGGAUAAAAAGUAAAUAUA